AUGCAGCGAGCUGCUGCCUCCAUAUUGAAGUGUCUAUCCAGCUCAGCAGCAGGCAUCAGCGGGUUGUCCGGCAGCUCCGCCAGCUCCUCUUCUAUCUGCAGCAGCAGCAGCAGCAGCAGCAGCAGCAGCAGAAGCAGCAGCAGAGUGAAGAAGGAGGCUGCAGAUAUAUACCGUAGAAACAGCAGCAAAGACAGCAACAGCAGCAGCAACAGCAGCAGCAGCAGCCAGCUUCAGCAGCAGCACCAAAGACACCAACACACGCACCAACACCAGCAGCAGCAGCAGCAGCAGCAGCAGCAGCAGCAGCAGCAGCAGGAGCAGCAGCAGCAGCAGCAGCAGCAGCAGGAAUAUCUGACAGUUUUAGCGGCAGCAGCUGCACUAGUAGCAGCAAACAGCCAGCAGCAUUACGGACGGCAGCAGCAGCAGCAGCACAGGCAAGAGCAGCAGCAGGAACAGCAGCAGCAACAGCAGCACCAGCAUCACCAGCACCAGCAGCAGCACGAGCAGCACCAGCAGCAGCACGAGCAGCACCACCAGCAGCAGCACGAGCAGCACGAGCAGCACCAGCAGCAGCAGCACCAGCCCCAGCAGCACCAGCAGCAGCACGAGCAGCACCAGCAGCAGCACCAGCACCAGCAGCAGCACCAGCCCCAGCAGCAGCAGCACCAGCCCCAGCAGCAGCAGCAGCAGCAGGAGCAGCAGCAGGAGCAGCAGCAGCAAGCAUACCCCGAAGAAAGCAGCAAGUUGUUUAAGGGUUUGUGGUGCAGCAGCAAUAUUGGGGUUCUAAAACUCUUGCUCUAUACACACCAGCAGCAGCAGCAGCAGCAGCAGCAGCAGCAGCAGCAGCAGCAGCAGCAGCAGCAGCAGCAGGGGAGCAGCAGGAGAGGGAGCAGCAGGAGAAGGAGGAGGAGAGGCAGCAGCAGAGGAGGGGAAGGAGCAGCAGCAGCAGCAGCAGCAGCAGCAGCAGCAGCAGCACAAACAGCAGCAGCAGAAAAAGGAAGAGAGAAUGGCUUUAGAUGGGGCGAGGGUGGUGUGGGGUGA